GUUGACCAGUGUGCAUCAAUGGUGAGGCUAGAGAUGCGUCACAACCAAGUCGCACUGGAGAGGAUGUUCGCGGACGACGAGACCAAGGAUGUCAAGAUCGCGCUGAUGAACGGCAACCUCCGCGCACAUUCUGUGUUGUUACGGGCAAGUUCCGAUGCAUUUGCAGGAGUCCUCUCGCAUGGUGUCGCGGCGGACGGGGAGAAGACAUUGAAUUGGGGCGACCAACCAAUCGAGGUGGGCAGAGUAUUUCUGCGAUUGCUUUAUACUGGGGCGCUUGACAAGAGCGAUUGGGAGGAUCCCCAAGCCAGCAAGCCGACGUUGCAAGGGCGCUGGCAUAUGAACGGUAGCGCCGUAGCCGACAUCAUAGAUUCUAAAGUAUGUUGGUGGCAUUGGCAGCAGGGGCAGUGGUGUGGUUUGCACCCGGAUGUAUUGGAGAUCGGAGACGACGGCAAGGUGUGCAAGAUGCGUUCUGGCGACGUUGGCCGGGUUUCAGGCGAUGAGCUUACGUGGUCUGAUGGCGAGAUUUGGUUGCGCAAGGACCAGGUCCCGUUGUAUUUGCUUGUUGGCGCUCUUGCACUUGCCAAGAUGUAUUUGGUGACACACCUCGUUGAGUCUUUGACAGGGGCAUUGAAGAUACGCCUGAACGAAGACACGUUCGACGAAAUUUGCGUGUGUGCGAUCAAGCUGGAUGUGAUGCCCCUCCGAUUUCUAUGCCUGCGUUAUGCAGAGCAGAGCCGUUUCAUCCGCAGCGGUAUCAAGGUACGGGCGUCUCACCCCAUCGAACGUUGGGACGGAGAGGGUGUCAUACCAGCUAGGUCUGAGGGCACGGUAGAAGAAAGGUUCUGCCAAACUGGCGAUCUGGAGGGAUUAAAGAUGCUGCAGGUGGAGUGGCAUGAUUAUAAUUAUUCAAGUGAUCCAGACGAAGUCAUGACGCAGAUCCAGAGCAUAGAUGCGCAGCAUGGCAGGACUAAGUUAAGCGAUAUGUACAGUGACGGAGCUCUGUCGCCAGAGGUGCUGACGGAGCUCGCUGGAGUUUGGACCGCACCUACAGGGACCUCGAAGCGGCAGAGGCUCCGCUGA